CUCACUUUGGAAGUGGCGCGCGCCUGGGGGUACCGAACCGCAUUGGAAAUGUGUUCUUUUGCCGAAGAUGGAAAUGUGCCAGCCUGGAAUCUUGGAUUCCUUCACCACGGAGCUGGUCAAGCGACAUCUGGGAUUUAUGUGCCUGAUGGGCAUUUGCCUGUCAAUUCGAUGAAUUGGCGCCCUUGAGGUUCCCCCGAUUCUGUGCCCGUCCACGUCCAGAGCCCCCGCUGAAGCUGCUGGCCCCUCCCACCGCCCUCGAAGUCGGCGUCAUGCAUCACCCCACCAUCUGCGCCGUGGCCGCGGCUCUGCUGUGUGCGCUCCCGGGCGCCCAGGCAGGCCUCUACACCAAGAAGUCGCCGGUGCUGCAGGUGGAUGCGAAGGACUACGAUAGAUUGAUUGCCAAGAGCAACUACACCUCUAUUGUCGAAUUCUAUGCUCCUUGGUGCGGUCACUGUCAAAACCUCAAGCCCGCUUACGAGAAGGUGGCGAAAAACCUGGAGGGCCUGGCCAAGGUAGCCGCCGUCAACUGCGACGAUGACGCGAAUAAGCCCUUUUGCGGGUCCAUGGGCGUCCAGGGCUUCCCAACUCUGAAGAUAGUGCGGCCAAAGAAGGGUGGAGGCAAGCCCACCGUGCAGGACUACCAGGGCCAGCGCACUGCAAGCGCCAUCGUCGAGGCGGUUGUGCAGCAGAUCAAUAACUAUGUCGUCAAGAUCGAAGACAAGUCGCUGGACAAGUUCCUGAGCGACAAGAACGAGACGGCCAAGGCAAUUCUCUUCACGGAGAAGGGCACCACAUCGGCGCUGCUCAAGAGCAUUGCCAUCGAUUUCUCUGAUGUGAUCACCAUUGGCCAGGCGCGGAACAAGGAGGCGAAGACCGUGGAGACGUUCGGCAUUGACAAGUUCCCGAGUCUGGUGCUCCUCCCAGGCGGUGAUGCGCCGGGGAUUGUCUACGAUGGGGAGAUGAAGAAGGACGCCAUUGUCAAGUUCCUGUCGCAGGCCGGCCAACCGAAUCCCGACUGCCCAGCUAAGGCUGAUAACGGCAAGGCCAAGGAGAAGAAGGAGAGCAAAGCGUCGGAAAAGAAGGCCUCGUCCUCUGAGUCCGAGACGAAGACCGCGACGCAAGAAGCCCCCGUCAUCGUGGAAACGGCCCUGCCGAUCCCCACCAUCAACUCGCCGGAGAAGUUGAUUAAGGAGUGCUUGACUGAGAAGUCUCACACCUGCGUGCUGGCCUUCGUCUCCUCGAGCGAGGACGAGACGGCCAAGAAGGCGCUCACGAGCCUCGCCGAUCUGGCCUUCAAGCAUGCCCAGAGCAAGCGCCACCUGUUUCCCUUCUACGAGGUUCCCAAGAGCAACGAGGGCGCCGCCUCGCUGCUGAAGGCGCUCGACCUGAGCGGCGACGUCGAGAUCGUCGCCAUCAACGCCCGGCGCGGCUGGUGGCGGCACUACGACGCGGCCGACUUCGGGCACGAGAGCAUCGAGAGCUGGAUCGACGCGAUCCGGAUGAGCGAGGGCGUGAAGAAGAAGCUGCCCGAGGGCAUUGUGGCCAGUUCGGUGGAGGAAUCCGCGUCGGCGGCCGCGCCAGAGGCAUCGUCUGAGCCUACGCCCGACGCUACCGAAGACGGUAACAAGAGCGAGGAGGCGACCCCGGUCACUCCCGAGGCGAGCGGCGAGCCGGCGAGCGACUCCACCGAGGACGCGUCAACCCAGGCCGCUGAACCCACCGCGGAAUACGAGACUGCGCACGACGAGCUUUAGGUGAUCGGCAGGGCGGCCUUGACUUGGUAUGGGGUUUUGGUUGGCUUCUUAGCGAUGUACGGAGUAUGCAUUUAUUGUUCCGUGAUUUUAGGUGUCAUGCCGGCAUAACUGAAGCAUA